GGCGCUGGUGGCGGCCGGAUGCGGGGCCGGGGAUCGCCCGCCGGCGCCUUCGCAUGCAGGGCAGCUCCCGGCUGUCCGCCGCGCCCGCAGGGUCCCGGCUCGCCUCGGUUCCCGCGCUCCCCGCCCGGUGCGGGACUCCCAGGAGCUGCUCCUCGCACCGGUUCUUCCUCUCCCACGCCAACCUCCCCUGUGAAUGCUCUCCUUGUGGUGGCUCACAGAUCUACUUCUCUUUUGCGUCCUUUCUGAUCAGUCACGCCUACAGUGGGGUAUACUGUAACUUCUUACCUGAAGAAAUCAGCACCAAUUAGGAAAUGGCCAAAGUCGAAAGGUUUGCUUUCCAUGUUCCAAGUCUGGAGGAGCUUGCUGGGGUUUUGCAGAAAGGGCUUAAAGAAAACUUUGCUGAUGCUCAAGUCUCUGUUGUAGACUGUCCUGAUCUGACUCAGGACCCCUUCAACUUUCCUGCUAAAGGAAUCUGCGGAAAGCCUAGAAUAGCAGAUGUGGGAGGUGUUCCUUACCUCAUACCUGUUGUACAGAAAGAAAAAGUUUACGAUCUUAAUACAGUUGCAAAAGACAUAGAGCUGCCUGGAGCUUUCAUUCUUGGAGCUGGAGCUGCUUCAUCUAAGGUUCUUGGAAUAAAUGCUGAGCUUAUCCCUAUUGUUCAAACUAAGAGUGAAAAAGCGCCUGCUGUAAAUGGGAGCUACAUUGCUCAGAUAAAUCCUGCAGACAAAGGGUGCCUGCUUGAGAAGUACAGCAGUAAAUAUACUGACUGUGAGUUUGGGCUGUUGGCCAACCUUUAUGCCAGUGAGGGCCAACCUGGUAAGGUCAUUGAAGUGAAAGCCAAUGGAAGAACUGGGGAACUUAACUUUGUGUCUUGUCUGAGACAAAUUUUGGAGAAACACUAUGGAGAAAAGCCAGUUGGGAUGGGUGGUACAUUUAUCAUUCAGAAGGGGAAAGCAAAGAUUCACGUUAUGCCUCCAGAAUUUUCUGCCUGUCCUCUGAAUACAGAUGAGGAUGUGAAUAACUGGCUCAAAUUCUUUGAAAUGAAGGCUCCGCUGAUUUGUCAGCCAGUAAUAGUUUCCAGAGAUCCAGGCUUUGAUCUGCGUGUGGAGCACACUCACUGUUUCAGCCACCACGGGGAAGGAGGGCACUACCAUCAGGACACCAGCCCUGACAGCGUGCAGUACCUGGGGUACCUCCUGCCCGCUGAGCUGCUCUUCCGCAUCGACAGGCCCCAGGAGACCCACCUCAUCGGGAGGGACUGAGGUGGGGAGGCUCUGGUCAAGGCGCAGCAACUACAUCUUUCUAACAUGCAAAUGCUGAUUUUUGUAACACUUUUAAUUAUGCACACGUACCAGAGUCAAGAAUAUAUACAAGAGCAGUAAACUGCCGACUUCUUAAUUUUGUUACAGUAAGAAAUUCAGAGUGUGUAUGUCAUUGAAAUUGUUAUGAAUGAAUUCCAAUGAUAAUUUCAUUGCAGUAUUA